AUUUUAGAAUAUAAAAUUUGAAAAAUUUGUCAUCUAAUUUUAAUUUUUUUCUUUACUAUUGAUGAAAGAAAUUGUCUCAAUUUCAUGAACAAACCACGAUGAACAUGAAGACUGUCGUACCACUUUAGUCAACGUCAUACUCUUGUCUCAGUUGUCUUUUUUCCAUGCAGAUUUAAGAAAUUUCAUGAUAAUGGAUUCAUCUUUAGAAGCACUCACAGAUUUAUUUGAAGAGUAUGUUAUCGAGAACCACUUCAACGAUUUGAUGGAAGUAAUGAAAAAAGAGGAUCCUGAGAAACAUUACGGAAUUGUGAUCAAUUUCAUCAUCUUAUUUGAGAAAUGCAUCGAACUUGGUCACGGUAUUCUAUCGAACGCUAUUCCUUUAGUACCAAAAUUGGAUUACAGAUUGGUGACAGCCCAACGAAAAAUUAUGGAAAGACUGUACGAUGACGAAAAAGAAUGUUUAAUUGUAAAAACCAAAGUACAUGUUCGUAUGACAGGGUUACCCGCUUGUCCCGAAUUACAUCGUACUAGUUUUCCUCGCAACAGAGACGUUGGCAGCUUCUUGAGAGUUUCCGGUACCGUGACCAGAGUAACAGCUCCGAAAAUGUUGGAAUAUAAAAGAGAUUAUACGUGUUCAAAGUGCAAGAAAACCAAUCGUGUUCAAGCAGAAUAUGAACAGUAUUAUUCAUUGAAACCGCCUGCUAAAUGUUUAAAUCCAGAAAACUGCCCUGGAACUAAUUUCACUCCCGUAAAAAUGAUAGAUCAGAUCAACUAUAAGGAUUAUCAAGAAAUCAAAAUUCAAGAGCAAGUAAGCAAACUGAGUGUGGGUACUGUACCUCAGUCAAUGUGGGCUACUUUGGAAGAUGACUUGGUGGAUACGUGCAAGCCGGGAGACGAUAUUGUUAUUUGCGGGACCGUAAUGAGACGUUGGAAACCUUCGUCAGCUGUAGGAAGUCGAGGAGAUAUUGAAGUGUGUCUCCGAGUCAGUCAUUUAUCUGUUUUAAACGAUCAAAAAACCUGGGUACUCGUAACCAAUGAAACGAUAUCACAUUUUCAACAAUUUUGGAACGAUCAUUCCAAUAAUCCUCUUCUAGCUCGUGACUUGAUCCUUGCUUCGAUCUGCCCUCAAGUUUUUGGAUUAUACUUGGUGAAAUUAGCGGUUGCAAUAGUUUUAGCUGGAGGCGUUGGUAAACAAGAAUCUACGAAUUGUCGUCUUAGAGGCGAGCCUCAUUUACUUUUAGUCGGUGAUCCGGGUACUGGAAAGUCUCACAUAAUAAGAUUUGCCUCAAAAAUAUGCUCCCGUUCCGUCCACACUACUGGGAUUGGCUCAACUUCUGCUGGUCUCACGGUGGCUGCUGUUCAUGAACAUGGUGAAUGGCAAUUAGAAGCCGGAGCUUUAGUGUUAGCUGAUGGUGGAAUUUGUUGUAUAGAUGAAUUUAAUUCAAUCCGCGAACAUGACAGAACUACAAUACAUGAAGCAAUGGAACAGCAGACAAUCAGCGUUGCGAAGGCUGGAGUUGUUUGUAAACUAAAUACCCGUUGUAGUAUUAUCGCAGCUACCAAUCCUAAAGGACAUUACGAUUCCAGCAUUCCCUUGAGCGUUAAUAUUGCCAUAGCUAGUCCUCUCCUAAGUAGAUUUGAUCUGGUGCUAAUAUUGUUGGAUUCAAAAAAUCAAAAAUGGGAUAAAAUCAUAUCGGAUUUUAUUUUCCAAGGAAAAGGACCAGUGAAAGAAAAUGCAAACACCUCACUGUGGAGCUUUGAAAAACUUCAAGAAUAUUUUUGUGUUGUGAAAACAUUAAAUCCGAAAUUGACUCCGGACGCAAAUGCAAUUUUAUGCUCUUAUUAUCAAGCUCAAAGGAGGGCAGACAGUAGGAAUGCUGCUCGAACUACCGUAAGACUGCUGGAGAGUCUUAUCAGACUAUCGCAAGGCCAUGCUCGCAUCAUGUUUCGAGAAGAAGUAUUAAUUCAAGAUGCUGUAAUCGCUAUAUCAUUAGUGGAAUCGUCGAUGGUAGGAACUACUUUAAUUGGAGAAGUUGACACCUUACAUACCACCUUUCCUGUAGAUCCAUUACUCGAGUACAAAAAACAAGCUCGAUCAAUUUUACAAAAACUUGGACUGAAUGAUCUUUUACAUAAAGAACUUGCUCAUAUAGAUCAGCUGCUCGUUAACGCUUCUCAGUCUGCAGCUGAAGUGGACAGAAACCACGAAGAAAUUCAACCUCCAGCACCUACAAAAGCUAAUGAAAAGCUGGCUACGAUCCUUACGAACAUUCGGAAAAAGAAAGAACGUACCAUUUUCGAUAGUUUAAUGCAUCGUCCACCUACGAAAAAAUCCAAAGCACCGAAAAAAUCUGAUGACCAAAGUGCUGAGAAACGUACAAAAGGACCUAAUCAUUCAGCGUACUUCAAUAUUUCGAAUUCUGAUUCCGAUGAAUCGUCACCAGCUGGGAACGCAAAUCGUCCUGAACCUGGAACAAAGAAGAAAAAAAAUCUGAAACGAAAACUUCCAUCUUUAGAGUCAUCAGACGAGAGCGAUUUGGAUACAAAUAACUUCAACGACGCUGAUAACGAUUUAUUCAAGACUGUUCUCGCUAGUCAAAAAUCGGAUUCCACUGAAACGAAUUGUUCUUCGGAAAAAAAGAGUAAAUCAAAAAAUGAAAAAGAUGUAGAUGAUUUAUUUUCCGAUUUUUUCAAUAGUCAAAAUUCAACAACCGAUCAAGUAAAUGAAACUCAAUCGGUGCCUCUGUUUUCCGAAUUUGUUGGAACGAAAGAUCAAGUAAAUGGGUCUGAAUCAGUUCCUCUUUUCUCCGAAUUCGUUGUAGGAAAAGAAACAUCGGAUGAUGCAGCAAAGAAAAAAGAAUCAAUCAACUCAGAAUUGCCUCAUCCCAGUACCACAAAAAUACCAAAAAAUAAUACCAGCGCUAAAAAAUUAUCAACACCAUCAAAUAAAAAUAUGGCUAUCCCAGGAUGCAGCGGAGUAAAAACAUUCAUUCAAAGUACAACUAAUAUUAAAAACAGCGCAAAGAAUAAUCAUGACAAAUUGCUCGAUAAUACUCAUACAUCACUAGACCAACCAGAAAUGCUAAAUAAGCCUCGCUCAGAUUCUGAACGGAUUAAACGUACAUCAUCUGAUUCGCAAUGCUCUUCCGGCGAACCUGAAAGAACAAAAAAAAUUUCCCUGGGUACAUUGAACAAACUACAAAAAUUUGCUUUUUCUAAACCAAAGGAUGAUCAAACUUCUGCAGUUUCGUCCAAUGCACCGGUUACCACUCAUCAGCAAACUGAGGAUACUGAAAAUGCUUCAGUCAAUUCGUUGAUUCCUUCGCCUCAAAUACCAGUUACCGAAAAGACUCAAGCGAAAAGUCAGUUCGUAUUCUCUACGUUUGAUGAAGACGAUCUCAAUUUGUUGGAUGAUAUUUAGAUGUUCGCUUUCUCUUCUAACUCAUCAAAUAAAAUCAUUUCAAAUAUUUUUUUUUCCUUUGAAUUGUGAUAAAAAUUGAUGUCUAGGAACUCUUACUUUAAUUUGUGUAUGCCUACGUCCUACGUUCUAUGUUUUAUUUGUCUUUCAUAAAAAUAUACCAAUUUAUGGUACUAUCUUCCGUCACAAGUCAUAUAUUUUAAUUAUUUUUAACAUUAAAAAUACACAAUUUUUAUUUUCAUAA